AUGGCUCCCCACGAAGACUUGAAGCUGGCAGAACCCCGAUUCCGCAUCCGAGGGGCGGAAGUGGAAGAUGUCCCUGCUAUGACUGAUGUCUUCUUUCACUCCUUCAACGCUCCUUUCUGGCGAUACUUCAUCGCAGACAAUCCAGUCAAUCGGAAAUGGUGGGACGAUUCGUGGACGAUGGGCAUCCAGAACCCGACCGACCGCUCCUUUGUCGUUGAAGACACGGACAAGAGCAAUCGCAUCGUUGCUUUCAGCAGAUGGAUGAUUCCUCAAGCAGACGGUAAGCUCGACAGAUUAUGGCCCGAGUUGCCUGGUGAGUGGGAUCAGGGAGUGGCAGGUGCCUUCUUCGGCGGGAUGGAGGAGAAUCGCGUCGAGCUGAUGGGCAAGCGGCCGCAUUGGUGUAGGGCCUACCACAUAUUCAAGCAUUGGUCACGGCUAACGUUGAGUUUAUAG